AUGGCUGUGCCAUGGCUGUCUUCUCCCACCGGAAAGGCGGCGCAACGAGCAUCAACGAAAUUCAGCCUGGCUGGAACGGCUGGCCACCCCAACGUCUUACCUACCUACGCAAACCGGUCGCGAACUACCUACCUAGGUGGCAUGGCCAUUCGGUGCUGCUCCGCUUCGAUUCAGCGCCGGCUUAUUUAUGGGCCGGGCAAGGCGUGGCCAAGAGGGCAGACUUGGAGAGAAGCAAAACGGCUUGCCCGCCACGCACGCCUGGGCAGUAUUACUGCGAGUCAGCGACAGGUGUGGUGCAGUGGAGAGUCGCGCUGGAGCCCUGCUGGUCUCUUCGGUCUCUGGCGCCAGUCCAGCCACCUGCCAGCCUGGUUGACCUCUUGGGUUGUCUCUCCGAACGCCUCCGUCUGGACGAACUCGCUGGCCCCGGUCUUCCUGCUCCUCCCGCGCUUUGCCGCCCUCUCUCCUCUCUCCCUCCGGGGCCACUACGAAACCACAUGGCAAUAUCCAAUGCGCUGCCCACAUGGAGAAAGGGGAUGGAGGAUCCGAUGUGCAUUGCAUUUGGCUGCGACGCACCCUCGAACCGUGUUUAAUUUGCUGCUGCUGCUGCUGCUGCUGCUGCUGCUGCUGCUGCUGUCGGCCAUGGACGUCACUCUUUCAUUUCAUGCCCGUUGUCGCUCGCGUCAGGGUUCAGCCUCGCCCAUUCGCAUGCAGACCGCCUCGGCCAGCCACGACGUCGGCCAUGCCAGCCAUGACAGGCACGCCGGCAUUUCCCCGGCCCCCCCUCGUGGCGCCGACUUGUGGUGGGCCGGCGAGAAUGGCUCCUUGGGCCGCCAAACGCUACCUGGACCAAAUUUUCUAUGGCUUGCCAAUUCGGGACGCUCGCCUACUAUUCCCGAUGACAACAUACAUCACAACCAGCCAGCACCACGUCCUGACGAGGCACAGCACUUGUGCUUGGACAGCUCACGGCUGCUAGCCUUCAGGGCUGUCGCAGACGGCGCGCGCCACAGCAUCUCCCGGCAUCUAGUCUCGUUGGGCAGCACUGAGUCUCAAGGUGGCUUUGGGCGUGGCCACCAGUUCUCGUCAAUACCCGCAAAGGCCCAUCCAUCCUACUUGCCUAUCUCGCUGCCACUGACACUGCCACUUGUCAGUCGGUUGGCCCGCCUGGCGAUUAAUCAAAUCAAUUGCAUCCCCCAAAGAGUCAGGGGAAAAAAGGAAAUAUAUAAAAAAGAGGGCAAAUUGGAAAUAUCCGCUCUCGGAAUUGCCGCCCGCAACGGCUACUCCGUCCUCUUUUUGUUUUUUUUUUUUUGCGCCGCUUCCAUUUCCCAUCGCUUCUACUUUUUACUGCCAUACUUUUCCCCCCUUCACCUCAAAUUUCCAUCAUCAACAAGUGGCCUCUUUGACGCACAAGCGUUUUCCUCCGUUGCCGGCCUCGCCUCUGACAACUUCACAUCUCCAUUCUCCAUUACUCUUGUCCGGUCCACCUCUUCCUUCCUGGGCUUGGCAAACAGCCAUGAACUAGUCCUCUCUCAUCAUUCUAUUCCCACCGGCUGCUCGUUUCAAGUUUUCCUCGAGCCGACUGUUGACCAAUCCACUAGAACUGCCGCCGAAGACGAUGGCAUCGACCAAAUAGGCUCAGACACCCCGCGAUCCGGCAUUGCGACGCCUCAACCCGACCCCUACGACAAGCGCCUCCCCGGAAUCAUGAGCUACUUCGGCCAGGUUCGUCAAGACCCUUCUACAACCAUUCCGCCUUCUUCCCUCGACGAGCGGCAGCACAAUGCCCACAACACAUCCCAAAAUCCCCAGAUUGCCCUCGCUGCUGCUGCCACCGCCGCCCCCGAUGCACCAGCGGCCGAUGAUGAUGAGGCUCCGUCACCGGCGUCCGAGGCGACUCAAAUGCGCCCACCACCUCUUCCAGACGCUGGCGCGCCGCCUUCUUCCUCGUCCUCCUCGACCGUCGCUCCUUCACAUCCAUCGGCGGCUGCCCAUCUUCCCGUCCCUCUAGCAGUCAGGCCCGGCCCUACGCAGCAUCUCACUACAAACAUCCAUCCCUAUCCCACCCCACCACCGUCGCAGCCUUGCUCUUCUGCAAGCUCGGCUAUUCACGUCUUGAACACCCGUCCGCAAGACCCUGCACCGGCUGGCCGGUCUGCUUCUCUUGCCGCGAAUGCCAUGAGCGCCGCCCAGCAGCUCUCCUUCACUACCCGGGGUGUCCACUCUCUAGAUGAGAGCCGCGCCCAGUCUUCCAACCCUAAUAACACUACACUUCUUAAUUCUUCUAAUUCUGCUUCUUCUUCUUCUUCAACUACCCAACCGUCUAGCAAGUGGUUUUCCUUUGGUGGGCUCAAAGAGCUAACACGUGGUAUCAUCUUCAAGAGCGGUCCUCCUACCCCGACCAGAGCUCUCUCGACUGCCCGUCCCUCACUAUCAGACGGCAAAGACUCAGUCUCCCGCACCAGCAACGAUGGCGCCGAAACCAGCGGAACGCAGACCCCUCGAUCCACUGGUGCUCAGGUUCCCCCCUCGCGUGGCAAGCUGACGAUCAAAAUCUCCGAGGCUCGCGGUCUGCGUAAGUGUCACGAUCCAUACGUCGUUGUCGUCUUUCAGCGUUCCGAGCUCAUCUCGGGCGGUCCUCGACCUACCGAGGACGACGAACCCCUCAAUGUCGCUCAGGCUGCUAUCGGUAGCAUCCCCAUCCAACGAUCAGGGAGUGACUCUGGCCGUCCCAUGGCCAUUCCCAUGCGGAGUCGUCAGAGCAGCAAUACCAGCAUCACCGAUUACAACACCUUCCGCAGCCGCAACGGCCGCAAUUCUUCUUUCACAAGUCCCAAAUGGGAUGCGGAGGCUGUAUUUGAUGUUGUCGCCUCCGGCUCAUUGGUAGACGUGUCCGUAUACGACCACACCCCCAAUAACGGCGACGAGUUUCUCGGUCAUGUCAACUUUGAAGCGCCUAGGGAAAAGGAGACGCCGGUCCGCGGCUGGUUCCCCCUCAAGGGCCACGUCAACACUGUUGCCGAAAAUGCGCCCACUGGCGAGGUCUACGUCGAAGCCCUGUACCAGCGUACGGAAAAGAAGCACUACGGCCCCAGCGAUUUCGAAAUUCUGAAGCUCAUUGGCAAGGGAACAUUUGGCCAAGUCUACCAGGUUCGCAAGAGGGACACGCAGCGCAUCUACGCCAUGAAGGUUCUGCAGAAAAAGGUCAUUGUACAGAAGAAGGAAGUGGCCCACACUGUCGGCGAGCGCAACAUUCUUGUCCGCACCGCCACCACGGACUCGCCUUUUAUUGUUGCCCUCAAAUUCUCCUUCCAAACCCCUUCUGAACUAUAUCUGGUUACCGACUACAUGUCUGGCGGAGAGCUUUUCUGGCAUUUGCAAAAGGAGGGCCGCUUCGACGAGAGACGCGCCAAGUUCUACAUUGCCGAGCUGAUUCUCGCCAUUCAACAUCUCCACAACAACGACAUUGUCUACCGAGAUCUAAAGCCCGAGAACAUUCUACUCGAUGCCAAUGGCCACAUUGCGCUGUGCGACUUUGGUCUCUCCAAGGCCAACCUCACAAAGAAUGACACUACGAAUACGUUUUGUGGCACCACCGAGUAUCUCGCACCCGAAGUAUUACUCGACGAGUCUGGCUAUACCAAGAUGGUAGACUUUUGGUCACUUGGUGUUUUGGUCUUUGAGAUGUGCUGCGGCUGGAGUCCCUUUUAUGCUGAAGAUACGCAGCAAAUGUACAAGAAUAUCGCCUUUGGAAAGGUCCGUUUUCCGCGGGACACACUGUCGCAAGAGGGCCGCAACUUUGUCAAGGGCCUGCUGAACAGAAAUCCCAAGCAUCGCCUAGGUGCUACGGACGACGCCGAGGAGCUGAAGCAACAUCCGUUCUUCAACGAUAUUGACUGGACGCUCCUGACACAAAGGCGCAUCGCUCCUCCUUUCAAGCCCAAGCUCAAGUCUGAAACCGAUGUGUCCUAUUUCGACCCCGAGUUCACCACCGCUUUGGACCAGAACGGAUCCCUCAACGAGCGCGCCGCGGCUCUCGCUCGAGGCUACGCCGCCUCGACGCCGCUGUCGCCGUCGGUGCAGGCCAACUUCCAGGGCUUCACCUUUGUCGAUGAGAGUGCGCUAGACGACCACAUGCGUGACCGCGCGCACCUCGACGAUGAGGAUAUGGACGAUGCGGGGCACCACACCAACGGCAAUGACGAUGACGACUGGGACAAUCUGGACGAUUUUGAUGUGAAGAAGGGUAACAGGAUGAGUGGCAUCGUGCGCACUUCGACUCACGACGAGCAAAUGGUGGGUGGGCACUUUGAUGAUUAA